AGCCACAUAAGUUGGACAUACAAUACAAGCCAUAAUAUGGCACUAAAUUGCGUAUUUUUUUCAUUAAUUGUGUCCGCGGCAGCUUUUCCAUUUAAUGAGGAGAGUUCAAACGAAUACGAUUUAUUUACAGAGGAAUCCCAAACUACUGAUGAAUUCUCUCUUGAACCUGCAACAACUUACUCUAAACCUAUUUUACCCUUGGAGUUUCUUGAAAAAGCUAAACGAAAACCCAGAGGAAAGAAUUUAAACGCUCGCCGAUUAUUGAGAAAGAUGGGAGAAGAUUAUAAUCCUACCUUGAUGUCUGUGGAUAGACCUACCUCCGGUAUACUCAAUACGAAGGUCAGCCUUCCUGACACACAGGUUGCUGAGCUGAUGGAGCAGGUCACACACCUGGAUAUAGAGACGGAUAUACGCCAGCUCCUGAUCGGAGAUGAUCAUAAGCAUGAGCCUACAGUGAGUCGAGCAGUCGGUGCGUUCCAACAGUGGUUGGUUAAAAAAUCAUCAUGUCCUGUUGUUUUCCAGUGGACAGACCUGGGGGAGUACUUCUGGCCUAGGUACGUGAGGCAGGGGGAGUGUGAGGGAACAGGUGUCGGAGACACAACCUCCUGCUCCUGGCCCAGGGGGAUGAACUGCGCUCCUGCGGACUCACAGGUGCUUCAGUUACUCAGGUGGCACUGCAGCAGGAGAAAAUCCCCUGAUCUUUUGGGACUGACUGUACGACAAAAGAUCAAGAAAUCCUACCGCUGUAGGUGGAUAAAGAUACCGUAUCCUAUCACCUCAUCCUGCAGGUGUGAAUAAAUAAUCCCGGAUCAAGAUUGACGAAUUGACGAUGGAAGAAGAUGAGGAGAUACACGUGAAAGUAUAUUCAGAAAGUCCCAGUGAUGAAAAUAUAGUAUUUAGUUGUGAUAAUUAAACAUUUAAAAUAUAUAUUGAAUAUUAAGCAUAAA